CAGCACGUGCUCCACGCUAUGCACCUGGGUCCCCGCUUCGCUGUUCCUGUGACGCCCUGUCUAUUGCUUAUUGCUCGCCCUGGUUGGUCAGCCUGCCCGCCUUACAACGCCGCUUCGUCCCUAUAGCCAAUGUUCGACGCGGAUGCAAGAGGCGCUGUGAGCAGGCAGGAAGGCGCAGGUGCACGGGGACCUGCAGAGUCGUCACGCCUGCAAUCGUCGGUGUAUACGUUGCGAUCAUACAGCAAUACUGCCGAAGAACGCCAAGAAUGCCGCAGCCUGUCGCACCUGGGGAUCCUGACACCGUUUUACUUGUUGCCUCUGCUGUUUUUUGGAACCAGGUACGGCGGCUGCCUGUACUGCCUGCUUCUUCCGCUGCUGCUGUGGUCCUUCAACUCGCUCCCCAAGCCAGGUGCCGCGCUCAUGCACAUGGUCACCGUGCCGCUGCUGGGACUCAUGGAGCCGGAGCAGAUUGCCCUCCAGUAUCUGUCCGACCAGUUUGUAUUCAUCGGCCACUGUCACCGUGGCUCUCGAUCUCCCUAUGGUACAGUGGGCCUGACUUCCGGGUGCCUCAGCUCUGCCGCCGCCUCGCAGGUCGACGCCCUGACCAUGAUCUUGUUGCUCUCCUUGGUGGUGGCCGUCGAUUACUGGAACGACUUGGCUCUGUCUCUGGCGCUCGACGUCUCCAAGCGCUUCGGGCUGCGCCGCGGCAAGCUGUUCGCGGUCCUGUGCUCGUGUUGCUUCGUGUGCGCAUCGCUUUUCUCCGGCGCCGUGCUGUCGACCACGCUGCUGUGCCUGCUGAACCGCGUGCUGACCACCAUGUUCGAGGAGGACAUGGACCGGCCCCAGGACCUGGUCGCCCUUCCGACUAGCGCCAUCAAAGGUGGCUCGGCGCAGGGCUCGUCGCAGGAGUCGAGCUCACUGCGUUCUGCGAUGAUCGCUGGGAACCAGGCGCUCUUCGAAAGGCUGACGGAAGUCGUGUUGUCCAUGCAGAAGCCAGUCGCCAUGGAGCAGAAUGCUGCCUCAACCUCGGAGGCGGGGCAGGCAAGCAUCGCUGUAGUGCCGAAGGAACCACAGGAGGCCAAGGAAGGAGGGUUUUCAGCCAAGCGCCGAUUCAGCCAGUGGCGCCGGAGGUGGUCCCGGAAGUCGAGUGCGAUUGUUCCGCAGGAGCAAGUGAAGGCGCUGAUAACAGAUGCAGGAAAGACGGCAGUCGUCGAUUCAACCACCGAGCACGCUACAGCUGAAGGCGGAGCAAGGCCGGAUGAGGCAACUGCAGCUCAAGAUGUCAAUUUGUCGGCGGACACCGGAAAUCAGGCUUCGACAAGCGGAGCGCCUCCGGCGCUUAGGACUCUCGUUCGAGUUAAUCUUGAUGAAAAAGGUGCUUUCAGCCCGAUGACGCCGUUCGUCGUCGAGAAGAAAGUGUCGCUGGAUGAGCAGCGCAAGCUGGAGGCACCCUAUCGGUUUGGCGCCUCAGCGACGAAUCCAGACCAGAGCAGAGCCAACAUACGCAGGGUGUCGCAGUCGAUAUUGCAGAGCAGUUUCAGCAAGACGCAAGAGCCGGGCACACGCAGCCGUACCUUGAACAGGCUUUUCGGGCGGAACUUCUCCAAGAGUCACCCAAGCAGCACGAGGAGCGGAGCCUCCAAUCUGGUCACUAAAAGCAGAAAACGCUCGAAGGUGCUUCGCAGCCUCAGCGUCAUUGCUGGCUUCUUUAGCAGGCGUUUCUCGGAAACGCAGCCCAGGCUGGCCGACGAAGAUGGCGUCCACGCGCACGACCAACCCGCCGCCGCCCGAAGGUCCCUGGCGGAUGCCAAGCGCCACGUCGUAGAAAACGAAGCCAAGCCCGACACCGACAAAUUGGCGGCGAUGGAUGGUCCUUCUGCUGUAGGCCGCGUCGGGACGUCUGCACAGUACCGUGCGCCGUACGUUGGAGCGACGUUGGUCACCCUUUCCGCUCAGACAGACCCUGGCGCUUCUAAAGCACCAGUGGUCGAGCCUCGCCCCGAUGUCUCCACCAAGGACCCUUCCACCACCAUUACGGGUACAGUGCGCGCAACUGGCAAUCAUGGUCCACCCGUGGCUAUUACCAAGUCAUCAGGUUCAAAUCUCGCAGUUUCCGCUACCGCGGCUGUCACUACUCCGGUUCUGGACACGGAUGCUGCCUCAGCGUCGCGCGAGCUCAGCUGUGUUCGUCCGGCCAAACCAACUCGCGAAAAGAGAGUCAGUGGUGGUGACACGCUGACACAGGGGAAGAAGCUGCAGAAUGGAGAUCCCGUUACGGCCAAGGCCGAGAAAGUCGGCAACGACCAAAAUACCCCCGUUCCCAGCAUGCGUGAGCCCUCGGUGUCACAAGAGUGUAGCUCCGUUCGCCCGACCAAACGAGUUGGCCAAAAGAGUGCCACGGGUGGGCGCACGCCGCUAUGCGGGAAGAAGCUGCAGCCUGGCGGUCUCGUGACCACCAAGCCGGAUGUUCAAGUCGGCGGCGACCUAAAAGUUGAAAACGUGGCUCGUAAAAGCGAUGAGAAGCCAGGUUUCGAGGAAACUCGCAAGGAACGUCGUGAGGCAAACGAACAGAUGGCCGUGGUUACCGACACCAUCGCUACACAGGACAACUUCAAAAGCGAAGGAAAAGGGUCGCGUGGUGUCGAAUCGCUCAACACGGAAGUGCACCAUGAAUCGCAUUCAAACAAAGAUAAAAGUGAUGCCAGCAAGAAAGGCAACAGGUCUGGGAAGAAAAGCAAAGGCUCGACGCCCUCAUCUCGCCGCCAGUCUUCGCAUCCCAAGAGCAGAGCGUCCGUAUGUGAAAAUUCGCCAGAAUCUCAAACUACGCCGAAGCAUGAAGGACAGACACAGAGCGAACGUUCAGGUCCCGAGUCUUACGUCAAAGUAGGUCAACAGUCGGUAAUGAGACCUUCUGGAGCCGUUUCGUAUGAGAAUAACGAGAAACCGCACAGUGAAGAUGAUAAUCAAGCUGCUCCCACCCUUGCAAAAGAAGCAGCGCAGCCUAGCGUUAGAGCAUCUGACAAAACCCGUCACAGCUUGCCCGAAGAAGGCGUUGAGCAAAAGCAGGUGUCCUCGCAGUCAGACUCUAGUAAAUUGUCCGCAUCGACCGCAACCGAGUUCGAGAGGGGAGCUGUGCGACGGAAAGCCGGCAGCAGCGACGGUAGCGUCCUCCGUAACUCGAGCCGCAAGUCCAAAGCUCCCGCCAGGCACGACCAAAGUAUAGACUCCCCGGCAGCUAAGGGCACCGCUAAGGAACGUAAGCAACAUGCCAAUGCGUACCCCGACGGUAAAGAGACGCAGACUGAGAAACUUAAGCCCGAGGAAGAAUCGCGUUGCAAACUUCAUACCAAUGACACGGAUAAACUGCCGCAUCCGCAUGAAAUCGCGAAAGCGCUUGAAAGCACAGCGGUGCGAGAAGAUGAAAAGGUGCUUGAGGCUGCGAAAUCGAAUGAACCGGCGAAGCCUGCCAGUUCUUCGAGGACUUUUGUAGAUCAAGUGCAUAAGUCCGCGACGAGUAUAAGGCCAUUAAUAGAUCAGCAGCUUCAGCCCGUUCCUAUCAUAAGCAGUGUAUCGAUUCGCAACGCUCGGCGUGCUUCUGGAACGAGCGUGAAAACUCCUCGGCGGAAGCAAUCCGUCGUAUCCUUCCACACAGGCACCAAGGAAGCGGCGCUGGAAUUCGAUCCGAAGCACCUUCCUGAAGAAGUGCCGAAGGCGUUCGCGCAUCUGGAAGAGAUGGGACCAAAACUAUCGAAGAAGAAGAGCCUGUCCACUAUUCUCAAGGCAUCCGGCUCGGCGACGACGCCCCGAUGCGAACCCUUGGUCGACUUCGGCGAUACCCACUUCACUCUGAUCAGCCCUCUGCUCAGCCCGACGCGUGCAUCGCACCCGCGUCCUCUCUCGUCCAGCAGCCGCCUCUCUCGGAUCUCGACGGGCAGCCUGUCUUCGCUGGCCGACAGCGACGCCCACAGCUUUGGGCGGCAGCCCAUCACCCUACGACGCAUGACCCGCACCCGCGGCUACGGCUUCGAGGACACCACCACGCGCAGCGCCGACAACCGGCCCUCUAUGUUGGGCAGCCGCAUCGCAGACCAAUUAGCGUCACUGAGGAGAAAGGAAAAUGUCACGAGCGACCGCAUGGACGUUCACAACGCUUUCUUGCUGGGUCCUUCGCUGAUGACCAUGCUGGGCAAUAUUUGCAGCUUCCACGCAGGCGGCAACAGGAGGGCGCUGAAGAUCGUCUCCAACGCAUUCGAAGCGACGGGGGAGGGCACCGGCGGGACGAUGAACACUUCCGUGUGGGCUAUCAUCACGCUGCCUGGAGCGGUUUUGGCGUUAAUAAUAUGCACCACAGUAAUCUGGUUCGUCCACGUGAGGCCCCAUGAACCAGACCCGUUGUCGCCCGAGAAUGUGGCUGUCAUGAGAGCUGCCCAAGAGAGGAGCGCAGCUAGGGGAAAGAAGAGAGGCGUCCAUUGUGCCUGCGCAGCGUACUUGGUCAUCUUCAGCCUGUCGUACGCACCUGCUCUUUUAAUGAACCUGGAACUACGGACGUCGAUGCUGGUCGCGCUGUCUUCUGUGGUGCUGGUGACGAGCGCCCUGGCGUCGUGCCUCCAAGCCGCCUUCGAGUUUCUCCAGCACGUGUGGCGGAUGCUACCCUGGGGCGUCGUUUUUAUGCUCGGAGCGACGCAGGUGGCAUCCAGGCUGCUGCAGGAGCACGGUCUUCUGACGGAGUUGUUCAAGCUGAUCUCGACCUCCUUCUGGGAGGAGCGCAGCGUGGUCGAGGUGCAAGCCAUGCUGGCGUUCGGCGCCUCCGUCUUGGCCGAGACGGCCGACAAGCAGGUGCUCGUCGAGAUCAUGACACCCAUGGUGGUACACAUCGCCGAGCUGAAGCAGAUUUACCCGGAGUAUUACGCGAUCCCCGUCAUAGUGGGUGCUUCCAGCAACUUCAUCAUGCCGGCGUCGGUGCCCUUCGCCAUUCUGCACGGGCUGGCCCAGGUGCCCUUCUUGAAUCUGUUCUUCCUGGGCCUGUUUGCCAAGGUCGUGAUCAUCGGCAUGGUCAUCGUGACCGUAAGCGUCGUGGACCAGGUCGGAUACCUUGGGAGCCAGACACAUGCGAACUGAAAUGUCUCCCUGCUUGACAGCGAGGAGCCUUAUAUUUGCUUCUCGAUUUUCUCUUUGUCCUUCCUUAACCCGCAGUGCUUUUCACUUGGUUGAAGCGUGUCACCAGCAGCGUUUGCAUUGUUAGAUAAUCAACUACUUCAUGCGUCGUUAUUUCGCCCUGGAGGACUUCUUUCGAGACUGCUAUACUUUGAAUGCACCGUUUCGAUGCCGCUUUGUGAACUGUGAAUCAGUGUGGCAUCCCGCUGGACGCCCUUUGCCGACUGCGACCACAAGAACCUUUCUUAUUUUUCGAAUGACGGCCGAGAUUGUUCGGCACCAUGAAAUGUACUGCAUGACGCUUUGCCCAUGAAGUUUCAUCACGUGCAUCUAUGGAAAAAACACCGCGCUUCCAUCCGGGACAUCGGGAUUUAGUCUUGACGUCAAGUGGUUCGAACACGUCCCAGUAUAAUCUGUGUGAAGGACUCGCGAUUUCGAUUCAACACAGUGCCACAGAAAGCAUUAUAGCCUGCAGGCCCUGCGUGGCACGGUUAGGAUGUUGACCGCACAUACGUUUUGUACGUUAUCUGUAAAUCAAGAGCCAAUGUAUCACUGUAGCGAUCGCACGGAUUUUCAAAGAGCGAUUGCAUGUGCACAUAUAUGUUAUCGUGUGAUAAUUCGAUUUCGAUGCGAGUUCCGUUA